CUUCGACGCGACGUCUUCAGGCGCAGCAUCCCUCCUCAACUCCAUGCUCCACGUUAGCACAGAGUCAAGAGGGAGCAUGUUGCCCAGUCAAACAAUCGCUUGGCUUUAUUUUUUAUCUUUGAGUAUUCUAUAUUCUAAGUGAGUAGAGCAAGAAUCUAAGUUUGUUAAUAAGAUAAUUAUGUGAGUUUCAUAAUUUUCAAGACUGAAGAAGAGAAUGAUGCUGACAUCAAUUGGGAACAAAUGUUAUAAAUCAGAAAAUUUUUAGCCAAAUAUCUGCGAUUGUAGGACGCUGUGAAACGAAACGAGAAACCCGCUUAGAAACUACCUACUUAUCCGAUCGCGAAUCCUUCCUACCCUCAUUCUAAUAUACUCCCAAAAUAACGAACGAUCGAUCGAACCACAAAGUUGAGCUUGAUGUUCCCAAAUCAGUCUCAACACUGGGUUUUUAUCAUUAAUGAUAAACAUACAGCUCAGCCCACAUACAACAACCGGCCUACCCACUCCUACCUAAUCCACCUAUAUUUAAUUCGACUUGCAUUCUCACCAACACAAUCACUCUAUACUCAUCAAUCAUACAACGUGGUUCGGAACUUACUUUGUUAAGUUUAGCUGUAGGGGAAGAACGGGUUAAUACAUCCUAUCCAAAGUUUCAGGUAGUUAAUUUUGAGAAUGAUGUUCAUAAAAAAGCUAUGCCGGAUAUGAUAUAAUAAUAUGUUGACUGGAUCAACGUUUUUACUCAAUGAUUUAAGACAAGCAAAAGCAGCUCAAACACAUUGAACUUAUAGUUCCAAACGAAUUGAUAGAUUAUUUUGAGAAUUCAAAUAGAUACAUCAAGUUAUACAAUGACAAACAUUGGUACCACCAUGCCACGCGAUAGAAAAGAUUGAGGAAAGUUAGACAGCAACAUCAAAGCAUGCGACUCACAGACUCUGCCAAAGUUGAUUUUCUUCUUCUGGAUUCACUGCAUCACAUAGCUGCUCUUCAUCAGGUUCUAUCCUUUCUUCAUCUGCUUCCUUGACUCUUAUGCACACAUCCUUUUAGCACUCAAGUCUCAACAAUCAUAUCCCCGCACACCACACUACACCACACACCAUCUGCAAAUUUUGAGAAAUCUGGUUGACUACAUUUUUAUGUUACUCCAACUAUUGUCAGCUUUUGAUGUUCAUGAAUAGCUCUCAAUUAUAUAGAAUCAAUAUUGACUGACUGACGUAAUCAACUGAAUCAGUGAAAAGUAAGUGAUAUCUACUUACCACUAUCACAAUACCGAUACAGCGAAGUCCACGUCCUAUGUCCUUUCGUUACUGGUCUACUGAUCCUUCAUUGUCGAGUCUGUUAUCGUAGUGCGCCGGGUAAUAUACACGGAUUUUUAGGAAUAUAAUGCAGUUCAUUAUGAUUCAGUAUAUUCGUGCUGCAAGUGAACAAAACAGUGGAUUCAUUAAAACAGACCUGAGAAUAUUGGAAGGCAUGAUUCGCUACAAAAACUUUCAUAAUGAUAGCUCGGUCCUAACACUUCCUAAGAUUCGAUAAUAACAGCAAACAACUUCAACAAUAAAUAUGUAAGAAAAGACGGAGACACGAGUUCCAGUUGUUUUCAACAAGUGUUCAAACCGCUCCAGACCGCCUUUUGUGGCGCGAUAACUCAUCACUCCCUAGCAGCGCCAUCUAAAGUAAUCUGUUUCAUUUUUCAGAAAUUUAAUAUUCGAAUCUCAUAUUUCUCGAUACCCCAUAAGCUCUAUGAGACAUACCCCAUUACUCCGAUGUAACGUGUAGACGGAUGAAAGACUUUUAAUCCGGAAUUUAACUCAAAUAUGAUACACAAGAAUGGAUAUUCACGACGCGAUUCUUUUAGCCAACAGGCUUGGGGUUUACACGCAUGGCACUGAAGCACAGCACGAAUACGCAUGUUCUAAAAUACUAUGUUUCAUCAUUUCAUCGUUGAUUCUGGAUAUCAGUAAACUGAAUCACAUUUGAUAGUUAUUGUUCACCUGAAAAAUGAGUUACCGUGGUAGAAAUUGGUACAGAGGCAAAGGAAAGCGGAAAAGAACUUCUGACGUUGAAGCUCAUACUUCAGGAGGUACUUCAUCAGCGAGUAAGAAAAAAACUCCAUCAAGUAGUUCGAAUCCUAGUCGAAACAACCCCACAUUUUAUAAGAAUAAGCACUCUCCAUAUAAUGAUUGGGACAUGUACUUUAAUGAUGAAGAGUAUAGAAAAGGAUUCUUAACAGAAAAAAAAAUUCAAACUAUGGAGAGAUAUGUGACUUCUCAUCCAGAACUAUUUCCUUUAUUGCAAUUAAAGCAGAAUAAAGCCUACAAUGUUGAUCUUAAGACUUUGUACAAAGAUGAUUUAUUCCUAAGUCAAUGGCAAACUUUUAAAGAAGAUCUCACAAACAAUCCAAGGCAUACGCUAAAUUGUCUUGGCAUUGCAAUAAAUCAGACAAUGAUCGACAUGUGUAAAGAAAUUGAGGGAGUGAGUGAUGCAGAUGUUUCAGCAAACUUACCUAAAGCUGUAGCACGCGUAUUCAAUCAUGGGCCAGUGCUUCCUUUAAGAGAUCUGAAGAUGAAUACAUAUGGUAAACUGAUAUCUAUCAGAGGAUGUAUCAUGAGAGUAGGAGGCAUAAAACACAUUGCACAGUGGAUUGAGUUCUCUUGUAUGUCGUGUGCUCUUGGUAAUGUAGUUGUGAGACAAGUUGAUGGCAUAUAUACAACACCCACAAAGUGUAUUGCUUGUAAUAAUGGAAGAAAAUUUCGACCGGUCUUGGGUUCCCUACGCACAAAAACAAUGACGUUCCAAGUGAUAAAGUUACAGGAACAUUUUGGCGAUGAGCUGGAUGACAAAGGAAGGACACCUCGUGAUAUUGAGAUAGAGCUAUUAGCAGAUUUAGUCCAUACAUGUAUGCCAGGUGAUGACAUUACUGUUACUGGAAUAAUCAAGGUAAGGGGGACUGAAAAGAAUUCAUCAAAAGGUGAUUCUACAUCAAACCUUUUCUCCUUAUACAUGGAAGCUGUUUAUAUAUUAAAUAAUAAAUAUCAGUCUCAAAAUAAAAGAGCCGCUGAUCUAGAAAUGACUGCCACAGAUUACGAAGCAAUACAGGAAGUGUACCGGGAUCCAAAUACAUUGAAAUUGUUAGUUCAUUCACUGUGUCCAAGUAUAUAUGGUCAUGAAUAUUUAAAAAUGGGCCUUAUUCUGAGUUUAUUUGGUGGCACCCCAAAGUCUGGCAGCUUGCGCGAUGAUAUACAUGUACUACUUGUUGGUGAUCCAGGUCUUGGAAAAUCUCAGCUCUUGCAAGCCUGCGCUCGUGUUGCAUCUAAAGGUGUUUACGUAUGUGGUACUUCGAGCACCUCAACUGGAUUGACUGUAACACUAGCAAAGGAUAAAAGCACUGGUGAAUGUGUUCUUGAACCUGGUGCUCUAGUUUUAGCUGACAAAGGCUGUUGUUGUAUCGAUGAAUUUGACAAAAUGUCAACACAACACCAGGCAUUACUUGAAGCAAUGGAACAACAAAGCGUGAGUUUAGCCAAGUCAGGAAUGAUAUGCUGCUUACCUGCUCGGACAUCUAUUUUGGCAGCUGCAAAUCCAGCAGAUGGUCGCUAUAAAAAAUCGAAAACUAUACUUGAAAAUUUGAACAUGAAUCAGCCUUUACUUUCACGUUUUGACUUAAUAUUUAUACUAGUGGAUCAGCCCAAUGAGCAGAUGGAUGACAUGCUUUCUGAGCAUGUUAUGGCAGUACAUGCAGGCAAAAGCAGUCACUUAAGUGGAGCAAGAGGACGUGACAUUCAUUCAUCCGAUCAAUCACUGCUAACUGUAAAUACUUUACGGGAGAACUUACAUCUCCAUCCAAGCGAAGGUAUUGAUCUUCUACCACAUCAGCUUCUUCGCAAAUACAUUUUAUAUGCUAAAGAAUAUGUUAAACCAAGAAUAACACCAGCUGCAGCAGAAAUAUUACAGAAUUUUUACUUGGAACGUCGAGCAAGGAAUGACAAGGAAAAAGUAACGCCCAUGACUCCAAGACAACUAGAAGCUCUAAUACGUCUAACCGAGGCUAGAGCAAAGUUGGAGUUACGAGAAGAAGCUACACAUGCAGAUGCUGUAGAAGUUUUGGAAAUAGUAGAGUACAGCAUGGCAGAUGUUGCCAUUAAAGACAUUGUACUUGACCGCUCCAUAUUGUCUAGCUCUGGCAAAAUAACUGCAAAGAAGGUCAAAGCAUUCGUAGAUAUAUUGGCAAACGAAGCAUCUUCCAAAGGGGAACCAGUUUUUACAAUAACCGAAAUGAAAAUGCUUGCCAGAAGGGAAAGUGUGGUGAUUGAUGAUUUCAGUGCAUUAAUCUCAAAACUAAAUGAAAAUGGUGUUAUCUUAAAGAAAGGACCACACAUGUAUUCUUAUGUUGGAAACAAGUGAUUGGUGAGCAUACCAUACGAUCAUAUCAUAAAAUUCAGAGAUAAACUCUUCGAUCAUAGUUAAUUCUUUCAUGUAUAUCACACCUAUGUGUUAUAAGCUAAAAUAAUUGUACAGUACUAAUUUAUAUUUUCAUAAUGAUUUAUCGCAAUAAAUGCGCAUUUUACAAAAAA